AUUCUUGUUUUUGUUUUGUGUAUUUUCCUUUCGAAAAAUAUUUCAUUAUCUUUGGUAAAGUAUUUGGUGAUCCCCUAGUGGAAUUAAUUUGUAGACACUUAUCUGCUAAAAUAAAGAAAACUGAAAUUAAGCCAUUACUAGACACAAGGAGUGCGAAAGUUAUUUCGGUGUCGACGAAACUCGUAGCACCAAAUAUUGAAAAGGUGAAUCGUCAAUCACGAUGAAUUUGGUGGAGAUAAAUCCAUACGGAAAUGGGUUACUGUAUGUUGGAUUUAACCAAGAUCAAGGUUGUUUCGCUUGCGCCACAGAUACUGGAUUUCGUGUUUACAAUUGUGAUCCGUUAAAGGAAAAAGAACGUCAAUAUUUUCCCGAAGGUGGUUUAUGCCAUGUAGAGAUGCUUUUUCGUUGUAACUACUUAGCUCUUGUGGGUGGCGGUAUACGUCCCUUGUAUCCACCAAACAAAGUUAUCGUGUGGGAUGAUUUAAAAAAAUCUCCAGCGAUUUCAAUAGACUUCAAUCAACCCGUAAAAGCUGUGCGAUUACGACGCGAUCGUAUUGUCGUUGUCCUAGAGGGUGUGAUUAAAGUAUUUACAUUCACACAACAACCACAGCAGCUACAUGUCUUUGAGACAAGCGCAAAUCCACACGGAUUGUGUGUGCUUUGUCCACAUAGCAAUAAAAGUCUCCUAGCUUUUCCAGGACGACGCACCGGUCACGUCCAGAUUGUCGAUUUAGCAAACACAGAGCGCGCUCCGCUAGAAGUUGUCGCUCAUGAGGCAUCAAUAAGUUGCAUUGCAUUAAAUUUGCAAGGAACCCGCCUUGCUACCGCCAGCGAAAAAGGUACAUUAAUACGUAUAUUUGAUACGGAGAAUGGCAAAAAGCUUUGCGAAUUGCGUCGUGGUAGCAAUCAGGCAAAUAUUUAUUGCAUCAACUUCAACCAUCAGUCGACAAUGUUGGUUGUAUCUUCGGAUCAUGGCACUAUACAUGUUUUCAAUUUAGACGAUAAUAAGCAGAAGGAAGCGCCAUUUCCAAUGAUACCAAAAUAUUUUUCCAGCCAAUGGAGUUUUGUUAAAUUUUCCAUACCACAAGGGCCGGCAUGUAUUUGCGCCUUUGGAUCAGAUCCGAACUCGGUAAUAGCAAUAUGCGCAGAUGGACAUUAUUACAAAUUUUUGUUUAACAACAAAGGAGAGUGCAGUCGUGAUGUGUGCACACAGUUUCUGGAAUUGGCGGACGAUGAAGAGUAAAAAAUGUUCAAUGCUUUAAUUAACUUCAAGGAAUAGAGUUUGACUGAACUGUUUUAUUGAACAUUUCAAGAUACAUUCAUUUAUUUUAUGUUUUUGCAAGUUACUAUAAACUUUGUGAGAAGUGAGAAGUUGCCGGAAAACAUACCCACGUAUGUAUGUUUAAUUGUGGUUAUAUACCUACUAGUGGUUUGUAUAGAAAGGAUUUUUUGAGCAAUUCAUAAAACAUAAUAACGGUAUUGGACACAGCAUUUCGUUUAGAAAUAUGUAAGGAUUAUAAUACAGUAUGAAAGUAUAUGUACAGCUCAUAAAAUUAAUUAUGGAAAAUUAUUAAGAAAAUAUAAAAUAUUGGCUCGAAGAAAUAUUGUAGUUUCAGCUGCAUCGCCAACUUAUGUAUAUUACACUAAGCACAUAUUAUAAAGCAAAAUAUUUAUAUUUUGGAUUACAUACAUAUUAUUUGUACACGAAUGUCAUAGAAAUCAAACGUACAUUUGUACGUGCCAUUCACAUUUAUCGGCUAUUCAAUAUAAUCCUAUUUUCUUACAAUGUUAUGUAAAUAAUGUUUUAAUUAUCGCUAGUAGCGUGUCUGAAUGAAAU